UGUAAGAGUGUAAGAAAAUCAAUUCGUAAUAACGUGCGUAAAAAGGCAGAUGCAAAAAAAGGCAUUAAAAUAUAAACGUCAGUUUCCCACGGCCUUAAUCAAAAAUCCAAUCGAAACGACAAGAGAAAUUCAUUCAAAGCGUUCACGUAGCGACUCGGAUCAAAGAAACAAUCGGCACCAGAAGUUCUUUCAUCACUGCAUCGUCCCUGCAGGUGCGACUCAAGACAAAAGUGACUCGGAACCCCGUGCUAUAUUACUGAACGAGUAAUGAAUUUUUUGAAAAUUCAAAAAGUUUAUAAUACCCUCUUAAAACGUUUCAAAGUCCAAAAUACCGAAUUUACGCCAUCAGAAUCCAGCCUAGAACAUUCAAAAAAUUUCACAAUCUUCCAAAAACUAAAGACCAGGAUUCCGUAACGACUAAGUACGUUCCUGGUAUGCGUAAUGGCGCUGCGCACAGCGUCCCCAGUAACUGUACCAGACCUGAACGACAAAGGCGACCAGCAAUUAACCGUCAGUCAAGCCAGGGUCAUCUGUGCAUUAAAAUGCAUUUUUCCCGCGGUGCAUAAAUAAGAGUGUCAAGUGCAUGAGUGAAUCAAGCAUAUCACAUACAAAAGUAGCUUGUAUAAAUCUAAAAUAAAAACUUUCCCAGAACCGUCGUCCCUGGGCGAGGGCCCCGACCGAAUAGUGGAUGGAACCCUGUGGCGACUGGCCCAUAUGGAUGCAGAACUACCAGCUGAGGUACGUCGCAUUCAAAUAAAUGGGGCCCAUCCGGAACGAGGAGCGGAUGUGACGUAGGAUCGAUCAGAUAGGAAAAAAGGAUGUUUGGCUCGAAGACUGGUACCUCGACGUUUUACACGGAUCUGCUCGAGUCCGAUAACGACGAGGAGACGAUCCUGCGGGAUUCCUGCCGAUCCGGAAACGCCAAGCGCAAUUCCCGACUCCUGGAGCAGCAAAGCGGCACCAGCGAGGAUGGCAAUUCCCAGGACUCCCAGGACUCGGCCGUCGGGGCUGACGAGAAUCUUCAUCAUCACCAACAGUACCUGCGACACUCUUUUCACAGAAUCGCCAGUUUCGGCGGUUUUCCCAGGUUCCAGCCGUUCGUCAUGUCAGCGUCGAGUCCUGGUGGAAUCCUGGACUCCAACGCAACGGCCACCCUGGAACGCACAACCGUGGAGACGUCGUCGAUCGUCAAAAUGACGCACAGCGUCCUGGAGUACAGGAGUAGCAGGUACGUAACCACCGAAAGGAGCUCUCAUCAGUAUGAAUUGGACGCAUACGCAAUCAGCGAAUCGGAGAGCGAAGAGGAGUCCGAAGAGACCCGAUCGUCGGAAACCGAUUCGGCGAUAAUAGCGGAUCAGAUCGACGAAACGGAACGCAAAGAGAAAAUUCAAAAGCACAAAGACACAGCGACCGCAAGACGAAUAAAGGCACGACACGUUGCCGAAGAGUUAUUGGCGACCGAACGCAACUACGUGAACAUAUUGCAUCUGAUCGAUCAGGUCUUUCAGUUUCGGGUCGACCAAGAGAAUCGAGCUCAUCCGAUGUUCCCACCGGAAACUGUGCAACACAUGUUCUCGAAUAUCAAGUCAAUUUAUAAAUUUCACAAUGACUUCCUGCUGCCGCAAUUGCAGUCGCGUAUGAGCCAAUGGGAAAGCGAUCCAAGAAUAGGAGACAUAAUGAAGAACUUUGCGCCAUUUUUGAAAAUGUAUACAGAGUACGUGAAGAAUUUCGAUUACGCAAUGAAUCUAAUAAACACGCUGCAGAACAAGAUUCCGCGAUUCGCCGCGAUUAUAAAUGAAAUUCAAAAGCUCGAGGAAUGCGCCAAAUUGUCAUUGCCACAUCACAUGCUAAGUCCCAUCCAAAGGUUACCCAGGUACGAGCUUUUGCUCAAAGAUUACCUCAAGAAUCUGGACGAUGAUAAUCCUGAUUACGCGGAUACCAAAAAGGCUCUGGAACUCGUCUCGACCGCGGCCAAUCAUACUAACGAGGCCAUGAAGAAGAUCGACAAGUUCAAGAAGCUCCUCGAGAUUCAAGAAAGCAUAUACGACGCCAUUGAUCUAGUCAGCGCCACUCGGGAACUCGUGAAGGAGGGUCGGAUCGUCAAGAUUUCCGCGAGAAGCGGCGAUCAUCAGGAGAGACAUUUGUUUCUGCUCAGCGACGUCUUGCUACUCUGUUCGAUAAGACUGAUACCCGGGCCCCUUUAUCGAUUGCGUGCGAAAUUCAUGGUAGAAAAUUUGGAGGUGGUGGAAGGUGACAAUUUGGAAACGGCCAACACGUUUUACGUGAGGGACGAAAAUAAGAACGUCGAGCUGUACACCCACACGGCAGCCGAGAAGGCGGCGUGGCUGGAUGCACUUUUCCAAACCAUGCAAGAGAUCAUGAGGAGGAAGGCCAGUCUGAAAACCGGAAACGCGAAGACGUCUUUGGUGAAGGCUGAUGACGUAGCUCGGUGUAUGGUUUGCGAGGCCAUAUUCUCUGUGAUGAAAAGAAAGCACAACUGUCGAGCCUGUGGAAUAGUGGUCUGCAGCAAAUGUUCCAAUCAGAAACUCUUGUUCGAGGACAACAAGAACAUGAGGGUCUGCAGACUGUGUUACGCCGCUCUCACUCAGCCGCUCAACAAGUCUCCGUCAUCGCCAGCUGGUCCAGCACCCAGCUUGCUUCAGGUGUCAGCCUGCGCCCCGUCUGUCCUGUCAGGUUACCUGCAGCUCAAAACUCAAGCCAGUAAACCCUGGACCAGAAGAUGGUUCGCCCUGCAUUCGGACUUUGUCCUGUACUCGUUCAAGUCGGACUCGGAAAACCUGGCGAUGACUGCGACGCCGAUGCCGGGAUUUGCCGUCACCGAGGGACUCGAAUUACGUGACGAAGAUCCGCUCAGUCUCAGGGAUCGCGAUAGGGCCUUCAAGAUUCAUCAUACGAGAAAAAGUUAUUAUUUGCAAGCAUCAACGGAGCAGGACAAGAAGAGGUGGAUACACGCGCUUCGUCUCGCCACCAAAGCAGAACUACCUCAUUCCAAUGAUGACCUCCAUGGCGAGGACGCACAAUUAUUCAGCGAUUCGGCAGCUCGGCAUAUUGUAGAGUAAACACGUGUUUCCAUGUACCUCGUACUUAUACGGUACUUGUCCUAGCCAAAUUUAUCUCGAUAGCCUGGGUAAUGAAAUUUAGCAAUUAAAUUAUACGACGACUGUAACAUAGCCGGUUAGUAGCAAUAUUCGUUUAUCGCGACGGUUAACUUAUGUUAUACAUAUGCAAAUAGAGACAACGUUCGUAUUGUAUUGACGAGUCGAUUAUUGACUGCGUGAUCGGUCGCUAGCGAGGCGCUUUGUUGUUUUUGUAAUAUUUGUGUUGUAGUAUAUUUAAAUAUAUAUUAUAGUAUAUAUGUCGUUUUUCAACGACGGACACGUAACGCGCUACGCGUGUCGUUUUUACGACGAGAAGGAACGUACUGCGGGUGACAUUUGUUUCGAGCUUUAAUUAUUUUAAUGCAAUAAUUCGUGUUAAUGUGUUGUAACGCUAUUUAAUAUCACAGAUCCGCAAUGUAACUUGAACUUGUCAAAUUUAUGCUUUGUCAAGUCGUAAGAGUCAUAUUGUAUUACACGUACAAAUUGUUCGUAUCAGAUAUCAAGUGAAUUUUUUUUUGGAAUUGUUAGGAUUUUAUACAGUUUUACAAUUAUACAGAGAUUUACGAGACUUUGUAUUGAUAAGAAAUUUGACAAAAUUUUUGGAUAAAUAAUUGUUAGCAACUAGCGGAAUAGGGUCCGGGUACGGCAGGACCGUUACUCUUAGGGUUAUUGAUUGACAGGUCACACUGGAAAAAAUCGAUAAUAAGUCGAAUUUUUGAUAGUCGAUUGUAUGUCGGACACAGAUUGCGGAUCUGGUAUACAAUUUGUGACGCUGUUGCUAUGAGGGCAUUUUGUACAAUAUUUAAAGCCCCGUUCACAACGUUACAACAUGUUCGAAUGUCGCUUGUGAUUUGUGCAUUGGUACGCUUUUUAGUUCAGAGUCAUUAAAUAAAUUGUACAAGAAUCACGUGGCGUGAGUUAUACAAAUUUUGCAUUGUCUUUCGACGUUCCUACUCGGAUAUAUCAGAUAUAUUGUAAUAUCGUUAACAUGUAAACUGCCAAUGAAUAUUUCGACUAUUGACAAAACGAAAUACGCAAAUAAAAGCUAAAUAAAAUGUUACGCGCA